UCUCGCAUUCUCGCUGCCGAGCGCCCUAGACCCCUCCCCUCGCUCGUCUUCCUCCUCGCGCGAGCGAGGCCACCGCCGGGACGACAGGAUGCAGAAGCUUGGGCUCGUGGGGCUUAGGAGCCUCGAGGGGUUCCGAUCGCUCGCUGGACCCACUUCGAUGGCUGCGAAAGCCACGAACCCCAAGCCCUCGUCGGAUGCUGGAGGUAGCACGUACGGGAGCUUCGCCAAUCUUAAGAUCACAGCAGAGAAAUUAGUCAAGGAGCAGGCUUCAGUGAAGACUGAUCUAGAGAUGGCGCAUACCAAGCUGAGAAGAGCAACAGAACAGAUAAAUCUGUUAGAAGCAAAACUUCAACAAGCUGUCAAUGAAAAUGUGAAGCUUAAGGUGAAGCAGACUGAAGAUUCGAAGCUCUGGCAGGGAUUAGAUUCAAAAGUUUCUUCAACAAAGACCCUGUGCGAUCAAUUGACUGAAACUCUGCAGCAGUUAGCAAGCCAGGCAGAAAGAGCUGAGGAAGAUAAGAAGUUUUUUGAGGAGAUGCUUGGGAAGAACUCCAAAGCUUUAGAUGAAUUAAACUGCUUGCUGCAUGAUUCCUCGAUAAAACUGGAACGUGCAGAAGCGAAUAUCAUGUCAGGCAAAGAGGAGAUGUUGCGGAUCAAACAAGAGAAAGAAGAAAUGGAUCGGAGCUACAAGGAACAGCUUGAUGCAAUUGGUACCACCAUAAAGGGAAAAGAUUCUCUCAUCAAACAACUGGAGGGUUCAGUUGAAGAAAAUAAAGCCCGUUUGUUGUGUGCUGAAUCCCGCUUGCAAUGCGUGGAGCAAGAGUUGAAGCUAAAACAAGAUGUAUGUAUUUGCCUGAAAGAAAACCUUGCAGGUGUUGAAAGAGAAAAAAAUGACUUGGAGCUUAGGAACCGGGCAUAUUGUCUGGAAGUUGAAAGAUUACGCAAGGACAAUAAGGAUGUUAAUGAAUUGCUUAGCAGUUUUGUGGCUAAAGUAACUGAGCUAGAUAAAGAGCACGCAUCAAUGUCAAGUCAUGUAUCUAGGUUGCUCUCUUCAUUCGAGAAGUACUGUGGAAUGGUCCAAGAGGAGAAAAUGCUUUCAACAAGAUCUGCUAAGGAUAAAUUUGAAAAUCUUCAAAACCAGUUUGUAGAUUUGACAUCAGAAAACAGCAUCCUCAAAACUGAAAUUGGGGAACUGAAGUCCAGAAUCACAGAGUUACUGAAAACUCAAGAAAUUGUUAUGGUUCAACAUGUAGAAGAAUGCCAAGCGGCUGAAGAUAAAAUCAGAAGAUUGGAGUCUGAAGCAGAAAUAUCUGCCUCCAAUGUUAGUCACUUAGAAAAGUUAUCUUCUGAACUAGAAAGGAGAGUUCAAAAGUUACUGGAGGAUUCUAGCCUUUCUCAAAACCACAAGGAAGAGUUGUUACAGAAGAUUUUGAAGCUGGAAUCAGAUAAUCAAGAGCUUCUAGGCAGAGUGCAGUCAAUUUUGGAUGAGAAAUCUAAUGAUACAGAAUCUCUGCAAGGCGAGAUAGCUAAGCGUGACCAGCAGGUUGACACACUUGAAAAUCAGAUUAGCGAACUCCGCGCUUCUCUUGAUGAGAAGGAACAGUUGUAUGUUUGUUCUGUAGAAAGAGAAAAGGGUUUGGAGGAACAGAAGUUACAGGUCCAAGCAUCACUUGCUGCAACUGAAUGCCAACUUACCGAGGCCAAAAAGCAGUAUGAUAUCAUGCUUGAGGGUAAACAGAUAGAGCUAUCCAAGCAUUUGAAAGAGUUAUCUCACAGAAAUGAUCAGGCAAUCAAUGACAUCCGUAAGAAAUAUGAAUCCGAAAAGGUAGAAAUUAUUAAUGCUGAAAAAGAGAAGGCAGAAAAGCUCACAAGGGAAAUGGAGAACGAAUGUAAUGAAAAGAUAUUAGAGAACAAGCGAGAAUCCGAGAGGUGUUUGAUGCAUCUUAAGGAGGAACAUGUCGCAGUGGUGACAAGAAUUCAACAGGAUAAUGAGCAUAAGGAAUCAACUCUUCGAGCUUAUCACAAAGAAGAAUUACAGCGCGUUCAUUCUCAGGCAGAGAAUGAAUUAAGGGAGAGGCUGUCGUCACUCCGAAAAGAGCAUGAAGCUCAAAUAAACUCACUGAAUAUACAGCAUGAGGAAGAUUGCCAGAAACUUCAGGAUGAACUUGAGCUUCAGAAGUCAAAGGAGGAGAAGCAAAGAGCCCUAUUACAGUUACAGUGGAAAGUUAUGGGUGAAAAUCAACAAGUUGAUCAAGAAGUGAGCUCUAAAAAGAGGAGAGAUCCAUAUGUGAGAAAAGAAAGCCAGAUUCAAUUGGCAGGUCCUGAGACCAAACGAAAGGAUGUAAGCAUAUCUGGAGUUAUACAAUCGCCAAUUUCGAACAUGCUGGGAAAGGUAGAAAAAGGAACUCAAGAUGUUUCUAAUCACAGAAAGGUAACACACCAUGAAUAUGAAGUGGAGACAGCAAAUGGAAGAAUCACAAAACGCAGGAAAACUAAGAGCACUGUUAUGUUUGGGGAACCAAACACUCAGAAGUCAUUGCGUAAUACUGCUGAGAAGGAUGUUACAAAAACAAGAAAGGUUGUUGCAGGAUCACGUCCCCAUCCUGCAAACAUUGGUGAAUUGUUUUCUGAGGGCUCCUUGAAUCCAUAUGCUGAAGACCCUUAUGCAUUUGGCUAGAAGGUGCUGAUCUUUAGGAGCAUGACAACGUAAUCUGGAUUUCCUUUAGGAGCAUGACAACGUAAUCUGGAUUGCAAAAUCCCCAGCUGGCACGGGGUUGAACCAAUGGUUUUGGGGUCUGCCUGCCCCAGUCAUGACAUCUGAUCAUCCCAGUGUUCAUACGACUCUUUGUUAACUCCGAUGUAUCUGGAACAUUGCUUCGAUAAACACCACGAUUGAUUCUCUUGUAGUACGUAGAACUGGGCUCGUCCCAAUCAAUGGAGUACAGUAUCCCAAAAUCAACAGAGAAACUUUACUUCCCGACGUCAUCUAGCUUUUUGCAUUGCUCUUCGUAAAAA